CUCUCGUGGAUCAACUAAGCCGAAUAACCUUCAGCAUGUGCUGAGAAGAAUGACUGAAGGAUCCUGAACAUUGAUGAUUCCACACUCACGCACUUUUAAUAUCAUUAGAAAUUGACCUUAAAACAACAUUACUUAUAUGAAUAGAUCUUGUUUCUCCCCGGUCGGUGACGCUAUAAUCCAAAUUACGGUGUCGUUUUCGGUUCGUUUAAGCAUCACCUAUCCCAAUUUUAUUCAUAAUCAUAUUAACAACAACACUACUACCACUUCCCAGUAUCUUAAUCUAGUCCACAACCACCCUCAGCAUAAUGGGCAACUGUUUGGGGAAGUCGGAGAAGAAAUUAACGGCGGAGAUUGUUCCACGCGACGGGGCCAAAGUGUAUCCCACCGUCCGUUUACACGGCUCGCCCAAGAGCAUUCUCGCCGCUUAUAUCCGUUUCGCGCUUCUCCACAAGUCCGUUUCGUUGGACUUGGUCGAAACGGAAACGGAGCGCGUGGGAGAUGGUGGUGGUGGUGCGGUUACGCUCCAGGUGGGGUCGGAGGUUGUUUCCGGCUCACGCGAGACGCUGCUGCGGUUCAUCGACGCGCGCUUCCCUGGGCCCUCGCUUGGGAGCGGGAGGGAGGACGAAACGACGCCGUUGCUGGCGAGCUUGACGCGGGCGCACCACACGAGCAUGCUGUGGCACGUGGAGAGGAUGGUUAAGUGGGCGGAGGAUCUCACGACACGUGGCGGAAAGAAGAUCGUCGAUCCUUCCGUGGGGACUCCCAGGAUGGAGAUUAGAAAAUUCGCCAAGAGCUACUCUGAGCUGCUUGAGCUCAUGAUGGAACACGCUCAGAUGGAAGAAACCAUCCUCUUCCCUCUUUUUGAUAAGGCCGAUCGAGGGCUUGCUAAAGCUGCAAAAGAGGAACAUGCUAGGGACCUACCUCUCAUGAAUGGUAUCAAAGAAGUCAUAAAAUCUGUUGGAGUUUUGGACUCUGGCAGCCCUGAUUACCAUGAGGCUUUGUGCAGCCUUUCUACUCGCCUCAAGUCAUUGCAGGGGCAAUGCAAACAACAUUUUGCAGAAGAGGAGGUGGAAUUACUUCCACUAAUGAAGGCAUUGGAGUUGAGCAAAGAGCAAGAAGUGAGUGCACUUGAGCAGUGUUUUGAAGUGAUGCAAGGAACACAAAAUCGGUUGUUGAAGUUUUUUCUUGAAGGUCUCCCUCCUCAUGAUGCUAUGAAGUACUUGGACUUGAUCAGCAAGUGUAGGGACAAAGAAAAAAUGGAAUCUAUUCUCCAGAAGAUAGUUAAGUGAGAGAGAUCUAGUUAAUGGGUUCAAUCAUUGUGCACACAUGGAUGAACAGCCAGGCUUGCUUUGUCAAUAGAUGCAAAAUUGUUUUUUUUUUUUUUUUGUGUGUCAGUUCUUCUAAAGGAAGUUAAGUACCCAGCAUAUGUGUAGUGUUUCUUCAUAUUUCUGCUUUUGUCAUCUGGGACAUUCUUCUUGAACAUGUGUCAGUCUGACCUUUUGAUUACGGAAGCAGAAAACUUGGAUAGGAUUUGGAAAAGCAGGGCGUUCUCUUUUUCUUUUUCUUUUUUCCUUUUCCCUUUUUCCCUUUUUCUCAUGAUAGUUUGGAUAAGGUUGUCUUGAACAUGUUCAUAAAUAAUGUACAUCCAAAAUAUAUGCACCCAAAUAUAUUCAAAAGUAAGUUAAGUAUGCCAGUUUACCUGUUUUGAUUUGUAA